AUGAACCAAUGGGUUGGUGGUGAGGGUGAACGUCGUCGUCAUGCCUUUAAUCUUGGGCAGCUGCUCCUAAAAGCAAACCCAAAUUCUAGGGGCAGAGAUGGUUCCACUCGUGGUAUAUUUAUUAUCGGCGAUCAAAGUUCUGCAAAGUCUACCACAGUAAAUAGUAUUAUUAAACAAGUUGCGCUGCAAAUGGGCGGGAAUACUGUCACUAAAGUCAGAACGUGGAUUGAGCAUCGAUACGAUCCGGAUUUGGAGCGUGCUGAGUAUGACUUAGUAUUACAAAGAGGAGAAAGAGGAACUGAAGAUCUCCUUCACGGAGGUAACCUGCAGGCAUUAUCCGAAAAAUUCAUUCGAUUAAAUAAUAGCAUGGAUGAUACGGUGGAAGCUCGGAUUAUCAUUCGCUCGGACAUUCCGUCAUUCGCAAUAGAUUGUUGCGAUAAUCCGGGAUUGACUCCAGUAAACGAAACGAUACAAAAAAUAACCGAUAAUAUUACACGUAAAACACUGGAAAGGGUUUUAGAACGUCAGAAAUCAAAAAACGAUAGUAUCGUGUUGUUAUGCGUUUCAGCACUGUUUUUUGAGAAUGCGUCCUGGCCACGUCAUAUGGAUCUAAUCGAGCAAAUAAAUGGGGACAAUUUGAUUGUCCUUGUAACAAGGAUGGAUCAGCUCAAUAUUCGGAGCGUUGCACAAGAAAUUAAAGACGAUGAAGAUAAUUCCGAAGAUAACAACCCUGAACUUACUCGCUGCAGUGCUUGGGACGUCCUUAAGUGCAUUCGUACAAAGAUUCUACGUCAAACCGGUCCUCGUUCGUUUCCAGAUGGCGUACAGUUUCAUUAUGCAGCUUCUAGCAGUGUUCGUUGGGAGGUGUUGUCUGGACCUAAUGGAUGGGGUGCAUUUGUAGCAUCAGAAACUGAGAAUGACAAAAAGAUGCGUGAAAUUCUCGGUGUAUGUGAUGAUGAAACAAGACUCUUGCAUAAUGAACAAGCAUGGCGCGACCAUGGGAUUGAAUUAAUUCCAAUGAAUCCAAGACAGCGAUCAGAGUUCGAUAAAUGUGUCGGGAUGUCAAAGUUACAGGAAAGACUACUCCAAAGGUUGCAUGUUCAUAUAUUAAAAGCUGCAGAAGAACUUCUAGACUAUACAGCUGAUUGGAAAAAAGCUGCAAAAAUGGAAUUAGAUAAUGUAUCAAAACGUAUGAAGCUCCCUGAUGAUCGAGCCGAAUUGAUCUCUCGGUUUUGCAAACAGUUUAUAUUAGUAUAUCAAACAUUGUUUGCCUCACCGUUGUAUUCUCCGACGAUUAAUGCUGACCCUUGGUUAAAGGAAUUUGGGGAAGGGAUCAAAAGGGGACAAGAAAACAGUGUGGGAUACGGGUGGCGUUCACAAGAUAUGUGGGAAAUUUUCGAAAGUUUAAAGGACUGCGAUGGAUAUGCAGAAUUUCCACCUCAAGAAUUUCGUGAUCCAAAAUUUAAUUCCUACAUGGAAGAUAUUGAAAGAUUCGUUAAACCUGCUAAUGAUAGUUUAUAUACAGCGCAGAUGUUAAUACAACGACUGACACAAGAAUACACCAUGCGAUCAACCUUGAUUCAUCUACGUGACCUUGAUGUUAGAACCUUCGUUCCACGUCAAGUACAAUUGAGAACGUCGACCCAAUUGAGUUUCGGACAGGCUGUAGAUCAGAAGAUUAGCGAGGACUACAGUCAGAUAUUCCAUAAACAUGAAAAGAGAAAUUCUAGCGGUCAUCAUUCUCAUCAUUCACACGAGAUACACGGAGGUAAUCAAUGGGUAUCUGUACUUGGAGCUUUAUGUUUAUUGCUGCAUGCAGAAUAUACUAUCCGUAUUAUGCGCGAUACAAUAUUCUCUUCCUUGUUACAAGCACAAAGCGAUGAUCCUAUGCAUGGUAUUCUUGUUUCCAAAUUUGAACGAUACUGGAAAUUGAGAAAGGAUAAAAUGAUGGACCAGCAACAUGAAUACAAUACAGAAAGUCAGAUUGCAUCGAUAAUGAUAAGCAUCCGAAAGAAACCAGGUCCAAAAAAAUUUCUUUCAACGAAAAAUAAGGUAGCACCCAUUGAAGAUUUGUCGUGGGCAAUCUAUGCGAUGUUCUUUGAGGACCCCUAUAACUAUUUUAAAAAGACAUUAGAUGAGCGUACUGAUCUGUUGAUGAUGACACAUGCCACAUCUCUUGUCCACUUUUACCAGUUGAGUGGAAUCUGCGUGCAUCAGGAUGAAGAAUACCUGAUCAGAUGGGCGGCGGACAAUCCGAAUUCGGCGUACGCGAGAGCCUUUCUAAUUCGGGAAUUUGAUGUCAAGGACAGUAUAGAUGCUUUAAUUAAUGUAGUAAAUCAAUUAAAAUCACAGGAUUCAGAAAUCGACAAUACAGAACUGUUAGAAAGUGUGUUAAACUCAGGAUCUAACAUAAUUAAUGGUGCCGUUGCUAAAAAAGUUAAAUUUAUCUCCCACUUAUUGAAGAACCUUAAAAAAUUCCAGAGGGGAAAGAAGACUAAUGAGGGCUUAUCGAGUGGUAGUGAGACGGAAUCUGGAAUCUUUUCGAACCUGUCGGAAGCGAUAACUGAGCGUGUGAGAGCCAUCGUAAUGGGCAAACCACCAAGCUCUGAAGAUAAAGUAAAGUUGUUCGUGAAUAUUGCAGAUAUGGGUAUGAACCCAGAUUCGUUUCCAGAGACAGAGAGCAAGACAGAUAUUACUAGCAAAGAAGAAGACACCGUCAAUUACGUAUAUAGACGUCGUUUGACUAUGGGAAUUACGAGCAGUGUUAUCGACACUACUCAACAACUUGCUAAAUCGCAAUACGAAUACAGUCAUCAACAAACCGCACCAACCUUACAACGUGAAUUGCUCGGUCGUGUCGCGUCUUUGAUGCUUGGAUAUGGAUAUCCUUACCAUCCUGAUGCUCGUCCUUCAUCCAAGUGGUAUCUCUCACCGAAAGUGAUUGUCCAGUUUCUAUUGGCCAACGAAGAUAUCUUUGUAGGCGAUAAAAACAUGCCAAACUCUCUUGAUGAUUGGAACGCUUUACUUGACCCUCGGAUGUUGGAAUCACCGAUUGUCAAACGCAUCCUUUUUUUGUGUAAUCCUACAGAAAACGAUGAUUACGAUCCUAGAAUAGUGUCUCAUUAUAUCAAACAACUUGACAGGGGCAAACCUAGUGAUAUGGAUGAAUAUAUAAUCGAGCUUCUUGCCGAUGACCGGUUUAACUGGCAACCUGAUCAAGAGAACCUAUACGGAAAAGUGGAUAAUUUAAAAAAUGAUAUAAUCAAAUUUAUUGCAGAACCAGUUUUGCUACGUAAUGAGGACCUAGAACCCGAAAUAAAUUUUGAAGAGAAGGAAAUAAUCAGUGAGCUUGACGAACUUGUUUAUGAAGACAACGAAUUUUAA